AUGGAGACUACGAACGGCUCCGUGCAAAACGGCCACGCCACCAGAAACGGUGACGAGUAUACCACAACCUCCCACACGAACGGCGAACAUAGAAUUGAGUCCAUGAAUGGCCGGAGGAAAGACGAAAUGAAUCGGUCGUUGGAAAACAACGCUAAUGGGUACCGAAGAAAACGCCUGGUGGUAGUGGGAUUGGGCAUGGUAGCGAUGGCUUUCAUAGAGAAAUUGACAAAGCUCGAUGCGAAGCGGCGAGAAUACGAUAUUACUGUCGUUGGAGAGGAGUCUCACCUAGCGUAUAACCGCGUGGGUCUGUCAACGUUUUUCGAUCACCGCGUGAUAGAAAAUCUCUAUCUCAACCCUCUAGAAUGGUAUUCGUCCUUUGGGGAUGGUUGGCUGAGCUACCACCUCAACACCCGAGUGACAAGGAUCGUCCCCGAGGCCAAAUACAUCUCUACCACUAAUGGCGACAUAAUCCCCUACGAUAUCUUGGUUCUAGCGACCGGCUCAGAUGCGGUAUUGCCAAAGUAUACCCCGGGACACGACGCUACAGGCGUAUUCGUAUACAGAACGAUUGCAGACUUAGAAGCCUUAAUAGAUUUCUCGACGCGAAACAAAGGUUCGGUAGGCGUUGCUGUCGGGGGUGGCCUACUGGGUCUCGAGGCAGCCAAAGCCAUGAUGGAUCUCGAUGCGUUCUCGUCCGUCAAGAUUAUCGAUCGAAACGAAUAUCUACUGGCGAGGCAAUUGGACGCAGAUGCCGGUCACCUGGUCACGGAAAAGGUACGGGAGCUAGGUCUCGACGUUAAGCACAAGAAGCGAAUCGCAGCUGUUGAUGUUGACGACUGUAACCAUGUCACUGGCGUCACAUUUGAGGACGGUGAGAAGCUGGGCUGCAGCUGUGUUUGCUUUGCGAUCGGUGUGAGACCUCGAGACGAGCUUGCGGACGGUGCUGGCAUCCUUAUCGGUCCGAGGACCGGCGGCUUUGUCGUCGGCGAAGACCUGCAAACGUCUGUUCGCGAUAUUUAUGCAAUUGGUGAUUGUUCGUGUUGGAAAGACCAGACCUUCGGCAUCAUUGCCCCUGGGGUCGAGAUGGCCGACAUUCUCUCCUUCAACCUUACAGAAGGUCGCUUCCAAGAGCCACGAAAAUUCACCCGCAUUGACCCAAGCACGAAACUGAAACUGCUCGGGAUAGACGUCGCCAGUUUUGGAGACUUCUUCGCCGACCGAGAUGGUCCCAGCUUUCCUAACGGUCUGAGGCGAACAGUCCCAGGGGAAGAACUCGAGGACGGCGGCCGUGGAGCACCGCCAGUAAAGGCGCUAACAUACAAGGAUCCCUUCAGUGCCGUUUACAAAAAGUACCUGUUUACGCUCGAUGGCAAGUAUCUAGUUGGCGGGAUGAUGAUUGGGGACACGAACGAUUAUGCAAAACUUGCCCAAAUGGUACGAAAUCGUACUCCACUCGAGGUCCCGCCUAGUCAGUUCAUAUUAGGUGCCAAGACGGACACAGAUCCUGACGGGUCCGAUCUCCCUGAUGACACCCAAGUCUGCUCCUGCUAUAACGUCACCAAGGGUGAUAUCGUCCAAGCGGUACAAUCCGGCGAUUGCAAGAGCCUUGCCGACAUCAAGUCUUGCACCAAAGCAGUAUGCCAGCAUUUUCCUUACUCGAGAGUGGAUUUGUACAAUAUCAUUGCGGUGAAGCAGAUCGAAACCUUCGAGGCCGUUAUGCAAGAGGCAGGGAACAACCCCGGCUCUCUCGGCUGUGAGGUUUGCAAACCAACAGUUGCGUCGAUUUUGGCGAGCCUAUUCAAUGAACACAUCAUGUCGAAGCGGCAGCAUCAUCUCCAAGAUACGAACGACCGGUUUUUGGCCAAUAUCCAACGGAACGGCACGUUUUCCGUCGUCCCGCGUAUUCCCGGAGGCGAGAUUACCCCGGCCCAGCUGAUCACCAUAGGCAAGGUUGCCGAAAAGCACAACCUCUACUGUAAGAUUACGGGCGGGCAACGGAUAGAUCUCUUUGGCGCGAAGAAGAAAGAUUUGUUGGGAAUCUGGGGAGAACUGGUCGAUGCCGGAAUGGAAAGUGGUCACGCUUAUGCAAAAUCAUUGAGAACCGUCAAGGCAAGUGAAUUAAUUCGCCACCUCGAUAUUGGGCUUCCUGCUAACUUUGUCGGAAUGGCCAUUCGUGUCGAAGAACGAUACAAGAGCAUACGUGCACCUCAUAAGCUGAAGGGCGGUGUCUCGGGCUGUGUUCGAGAAUGCGCCGAGGCCCAAAGUAAAGAUUUCGGUCUCAUUGCAACCGAGAAGGGGUUCAACAUAUUCGUUGGUGGCAACGGAGGUGCUACGCCCCGACAUGCCGAGCUAUUGGCAAAAGACGUGCCGCCGGAAGAUGUUAUCUCUCUCCUAGAUCGAUACAUCAUAUUUUACAUUCGUACGGCAGAUCGGCUCCAGCGGACUGCUCGGUGGAUCGAAAACCUGCCAGGCGGCAUUGACUAUCUUCGCGAAGUAGUCGUCGAUGACAAGCUCGGCAUCGGGUUGCAUAUGGAGAAACAAAUGCAAGACCUUGUCGGCAGUUAUUUCUGUGAGUGGACUGAAAUCCUCAAUGACCCAGAACGACAAAAGGCAUUCCGACAGUUUGACAACACGGACGAGGAGGUUGAGACUGUCGAGAUCAUAACCGAGAGGGAUCAAGAACGGCCCACAUACUGGUCAAGCCAGCCAGCCGGCGAGGACUUCAAGACUCACCAAUGGUCAAGCUUAUCUUGGCAACCUCUCAUUCAAGCGAAUCACUUUGACAACUUCCCCUCUGCACAGGUGAAGCGUGGGGACACCCAACUGGCGAUAUUCAAGGUCAAGGGUGGCUACUACGCAUCCCAGCAAAUGUGUCCUCACAAGCGAGCCUUUAUUCUUUCCGAUGGUCUCGUUGGUGAGGACAACGGGAAAUACUGGGUGUCAUGCCCGUAUCAUAAGCGUAACUUUGAGUUGAAUGGUGAGGAGGCUGGACGUUGCUCAAACGAUGACUCUAUGAACAUUGCGACCUUCCCCGUCGAGGGGAGGGACGAUGGAUGGGUCUACGUUAAACUCCCCCCUGUUGAUGAACUGGAUGCACUCCUGGGAACGUCGAGGUGGAAGACGACCAAGCAAGAAAGCUGCGCCCCAUUUGAGAGACUGGAUCAGAAACUAGGCAACUGCGGGAAAGGGCGGAGGGGCAGGAAGCCCCGGGAAGUACGGAAGCCGGCGUUGUCUACUGUAUCCCUCAGCUGGUGA